AUGCGGAAGGGCUCGGAGGCUGAGCCUUUUGAUGAGUUUGCAGCCCACUUUCGGGCCGCUCUGACUCGAGUCUCAUUCUACUCCCCUCUCGAUCCCGUCGAGCUAGUCGUUCUGGUGGAAUUUCUGAUCUCUCGCCUGAGUGGUAUUGACGUUCGGCGAAGCUUGAGAGUGGAGAGUGAGUACUAG